AUGGAAAAUUCGCAAAACUCGAUAGCAAGGAAGAAACCCGUUUUUGUGAUUACAUCCAAGUCCCAAUCAACUUCCACUUCUCAAGGUCAUCCAUCCUGUGAACAAAUCAACCUAAGAUCAUGUUCUCAAUUUACAGGCGUAGAUGGAUCAUUCCCCAGCUAUAUAUCAUCCUUCAAAUACAUUGGUUCGGUAAGUUUUUCUUUGGCUUUAGUAUAUUUUUGUUUUAUAGAAAGGCUCAAUAUCAAAAGAAUUGGUGAAACCUAAUCAAUUUCAAUUAAUCAGUCUAUUUCUGCUUGUCCUAGAGGGCUAGAGCGCGAAGCAAGUUUUGUGUUCAGAAAACCAGAUUGAUGCGAUUUAUUCUUAUAAAGACGCGGUUUCUAUAUGUCUUUUCCUCUUAUUAUGUUGACAAUGAGAAAAACAAAUUUGUUACAGACAUUCGAGAUAUGUAGUGACAUGGAUGCUAGCUUUCGACCAACGAAAAUGGUUUGUUUUACCUGAAUGGAUGUUUCAUUUUGCAUAAAUUUGUUUAUCAGGACCUUGAUUCGGAUGCUCAAGAGAGAAAUGGCACCUCCGAAGUAAUUUACCGGUAUAAACCAAAUCUUUCUAGCUCCAUUCUCAAUUUCAGAUAAUGUCAGUUCAAAGUCAGAUCGUCCGUUUCACCGCCAAUUCUUCUCCUAAUCACUAUGAAAGGGAAGCUGCACUUGUCAUUCGGCUCGAGCAGGAACUUACUCAAUCUCAAUUAUGUGUAGGUGUUUAUUGUAAUUGCACCGCACAGAAAUGGCGCUCUGUUGAGAAACUCUUUUUGCAGUGCAAAUUGAGCCACCUCGGGGCCGAGUUUGAAAAGUUAGGCCACAUUUUCAGUGGAAAUUUACUUCGCGGCCUAUUUUACUUCGCGCAAAUUCGGCCAGAUUGCGAACAGCGCGCCCUUUCUGUUUGGUGCCCCUAUAAUAAAGGACAACAAAUGCUUGAUCUUUGAGAAUUGAAGAACCACCGUCUGAAUCAACAACUCAAAACGUUGGCUAACAGCAGUGACAAAGCAAUAAAAACUGAACUUGCUAGCACGAAGGUAGAGUAUUUAUAA